AGGUACCACCUGGCCACGCUUUUCAUUGUUAGCCAAAGGUCCCGACGCGAAUAUUACGAAUCGAUUGGAGCUUUCGCACGAAUUUUCAGGACCCACAUGAAAAGACCACUUCGAGUUGACGUGAUAAUGGGCGACGCCGAAGAGGCCCAAUUGAACGAACUGCGGGAUGUUGCAGAAUGUGCAACCUGUCCGUACCUGAUGUGUUUCUUCCACGUGAUGUACAAUGUACGCAAGCGAGUGCGACACUUACCAGAUUCGGUGCGAGCUAUGGUGUAUCGUGGUAUUCUUGACAUGCACUACACACUCAACCAAACCGAAUUUUGGGAGGUGUGGGGGCGUGUAUCUCAAGAGUGGCAAUGCGAUAGAAGGUUGCACGUCUUUUUGACAUAUUUCGCGGCACAAUGGAUUCAUAGCCGCUUCUGGAGAUGGCAGAUUUAUCACUCUCCAGGGGAGUACGCUACAACCAACAACCCAUGUGAAGUGUUCAAU